AGUGUUCUAGGUCCUCCCGAGAUCAUGUACCUCAGUGUAGCAAAUCACAGGACUAGUGACUGCUGCUUUGUACUGAAUGGCUUCUAGUGGUAUGGAUUCCCUUAACACUCAUCUUUCCCAGCUGCACACAGGGAAGAUAAAUAUCUGUUAAAAAUCCUCACCACCAUCACUACCACCCCAGCAAAAAAACCCUGAGAGAAGAUCUGAGAAUUAGAAAAGAUGCAGGCCAAAGACAGCAGUCCACCAGAUGGUGGCUAUGGAUGGGUUGUGGUAGUGUCAGCCUUCAUGGUGAUGGGCCUCACUGCUGCCGUCCUCAAGACUUUUGGUCUGUUCUUUGUUGAAAUCCAGCAGCACUUUGAUGAACUUGCAAGCACCACUUCCUGGAUCACAUCAGUAACUAUUGCCAUCUUUCAUUUAGGAGCCCCUGUUGCCAGCUCACUAUGUGUACGAUACACCCAUCGGGCAGUUGUGAUCACUGGAGGACUCCUGGCUUUUUCAGGAAUGGCACUGGGAUUUCUUGGACUCAACAUGGUCUGGAUGUAUGCAACGACUGGCUUCCUACAGGGACUUGGGAUUUCAUUUUCAUGGACACCAGCCAUUAGCAUUGUUAGCCAUUAUUUCUCCAAGAAAAGAGCUUUGGCCAAUGCUAUUGCCAGUGCUGGAGAAUGUGCCUUUGCAUUCACAUUUGGGCCGUUUUUCCAGUGGCUGAUUAGUCAAUAUGGAUGGAAAGGUGCCCUCUUGAUCAUAGGUGGCAUCCAACUCAAUAUCUGUGUCUGUGGAGUACUGAUGCGACCCCUGGCAAGCAGCUGCCUCCUUGAGGCUAGCCAUUCUGCAACUGAGACACCAGCUGGCAAUGGUGCGUCUGGGAUGGACAAAGAAGAUAAGUCUCCCAUCACACACAAAACCUUCAACUGGAUGCUUGUGAGGCGACCGGAGUUUGUACUUUAUGCCAUUUUUGGCAUAUUAGCUGCUAUGAGUUUUUUUGUUCCUCCGUUGUUUUUAGUUCCACUUAGCUACAGCCUGGGAAUAGAUGAAUCGUGGACUGCAUCCCUCCUAUCCAUUUUGGCUAUGGGGGACUUUGCAGGCAGACUGCUGUGUGGCUGGUAUGCCAAUCUCCACGUUACCAAAACUGUUCAUUUGCUGACAAUGACAAUUACACUGAUCAGUACUUCCCUGAUGCUGUUGCCACUGGCUAACAAUUACCUGUCCUUGGCAAUAUUCACUGGCUUCUAUGGAUUCUUCUUUGGUACAACAGUCGCCGUUCACAUUACAGUGCUAGCAGAUGUUGUAGGCAUGCCAGAUUUUGACAGUGCUCUAGGGCUUUUCAUGCUCAUUCGAAGCACUGGAGGUUUUGUGGGGCCUCCUCUUGCUGGUCUGAUCGUGGACAUGGCUGGAGAUUACCGAGCAGGCUUCUACAUGGCAGGAGCCACUCUUGUCUUAUCAGCUGGAUUUUUAGUUACUUUAGAUCAACUCCAACAGAGAAAAGAAAGAGGAAGCUGGGCUAAUAUUAAACCAGAAAAGUCAGCGUUACCCUACCCUUCCCUCCAUCUCCUGAAACUUCAAAACAGAAGGUAUCGUGAACAUGACAUAGUGGUGUGACUACAUCAGACAUCUUACACCAUUUCAGGACAUAUGGAAGUGUUUUAUUUUCUCCAAACUCAAUAUUAGUAGGAUUUAUGUAAUGAUGGAAGUUUGGGAUAGGAAUGUUUGAAACUGAGGAAGAAAGUAAUUAGUUUACAAGCAAACCACACCACUAAUCAUUAUCAUAUUAUUUUGAUGUUGAAGUUGCAUUUUGACUAUACGAGUCUUCAACAGAGUUCCACAGGGCCGUAAUAAGCAACCUAGGGAAACUAUGGUCUAAAUGAAAUUACCAUGAAGCGUGUAUGCAGCAGAUAGAAAUCCUCCCCCCAAAUACAGACUGCAGCCGUCACUAUCAAAUAGGAAGAGGCAUCAGCUCACAGAUGUUUAGCUUGGGGAAGUAGUGUUCAGUGUUUUCAGUAAACAAGUUGGAUGUGAAAGCAAGAGUACAUGAAUAUAGUUGUGAGCUAAAGGGUUUGCAGGUAUUCUACAGAGCAGGGCUGGAAUCUGAUAAAUUAAAAAUAAACCUGGUAAAUGGUGACAGUUACAUGAAUAAUAGAAUUCAGUAGAGAAAAAUACAGUCCUAAAUAGAAAAAAUAAAAAGCAAAAUACACACACAUAAAAUGGAGAGGGAUUGAUGAAUAACAGAGGAAGACCUAAAGCUACAGUGGACUUCAAACCGAGUAAGAAUCCCAAAUGCAACCCUAUACUAAAAAUAGCAAAUAUCUUUCUGUGCUAUGUUAAGCUAGAGGAGAUAUUGAUGCUUGCAAGGCUUUAACUGGAAGAGGAACAUAAGUUGCAAGGAAUUAAGUGGAACAAGAAUGAGAAAUGUUAAGAAAAUGCAGCCUAAGGAAAAAGUGUAAGAAGGUUUGUCUGGUUUAGAAGACAAAAGGUUGUACAGGGCAUGAGAACAGCCUUCAAAUCCAUAAUAGGUUGAGAUAAAGAAGACACAACUAAUUUCUUCCCUUGUUAAGGCAAUUAGUAGUUGAUAUAAUUUGCAGCAAGGCAGAGUUAUGUAAUGGGGUAACACUUCACUGUAGGCUGUUAAGCAUAGAAACAGACUAUAGGGAGAAUAUGAAUACAUAAAUGUAUCGGAGAAUAAAUAAGACAUGAGAGAGAAUUUGAAUAUAUUCAGUUGUGCUUCAGAACAUUGGGAUGGACUAGGUGACUUUCUGAAGUCCUCUUUAGACCCAUGUUUCAACUCUCCUGAGGCUCUUUGAGCAAAUACUCAUUUAUGAGAAUAAAGAGUCUGUAUCCAAAUCUUUUUUUUUUUUUUUGUCAUUUUAUUUUAUCAGGGGGAAGAGGGAAUGUAAAAGAA